AACACCACGUAUCUGACAAUUUUUGACAUUUGAUUUUAUUUCAUUUGCAUCGUAGAUUAAAAAACGAAAUGGAAAAUUUGAAGCGACCAAAAACAACGUAUAGUUUCGCAUAAAUACAUUUUGUGAUUGUUACUUAUCGGUUGCUCCUCCCCUUCCUCAUCCAUGAUACCGACUGUCGUUGAUGUUUUUGUGUCAGAAUCAAAAUAUAGGUCCCAGGUACACAAGUAUCAUAUUUGAAUACUUGCCACGAUUGAUAUAGUGUGCUGUAAGUGUGAAUAAUGCCUUUUCGUGAAAGAGUUGCCGGUGAUGAAUAUUCGCCAUGGAUUGGUCUGGUGUUUAUAUUCAAUUUAAUCGUUGGUACGGGUGCACUUACCUUGCCUGCUGUGUUUGCGAAAGCAGGAUGGUGUCUCGGUUUGAUAAUGAUAGUCGUCCUGGCAUUCAUAUCUUACAUGACUGUUACAUUCAUAAUAGAGAGUAUGGCCUGCGCAAAUGCUGUCAUACAUUGGAGGAGAUUACAAUUUCUGAAACGCGAUCGGCUGGCCACUGAUGAUGAAGUAGACAGCACUGAUCCAGAUGAGGCAAUCAAUCCAGAAAUUAGUGAAGCAAGUAUUGAACAUACUCCGCUCUUCUCACAGAGCUCCAGAUAUUAUGUCCUUGACCACAAAAUAGAACUCGGUGAAAUGGCCGGACUAUUCUUCAACGAUAUUGGUCGAAUACUGUUCUACCUGUGCAUAGCAAUCUACUUGUACGGUGACUUGAGCAUAUACUCGGCAGCUGUUUCAAAAACACUGCGGGAUGUUAUUUGCGAUCGCAACAUGACAUCGGACAAUAUGACCGACGAUCAAAUGGACUUACAACCUUGCUGGCAAGACUAUGAGACACUCACCAGACUAGAUUGUUAUCGAUUGUCACUAGUCGCAUUUAUCAUGCUAUUGGGGCCGUUUACCUUUUUCAAUGUCACUAAAACGAAAUACAUCCAGAUGUGCACAAUACUCUUACGGUGGCUGGCUUUUACAGUCAUGAUAAGCAUUGCUGUCCAUCGUCUAUUUGUAUCGGGAAAUCAAGGUCAACCGCCAGCGGCCAGGAUUUUCGGUGUACCGACUCUGUUUGGUGUUUGUAUAUAUUCAUUUAUGUGUCACCACUCUUUGCCGUCGUUACUAGCUCCAAUCAGCUCUAAGAAAUCAUUAAAGUCACUCCUAUCAAUUGACUAUUCGUUGAUAGCUGCGUUCUACUUGUGCCUGGCACUCACCGGAGCGUUUGCAUUCUCUCAUUUGGAGGACUUGUACACAUUGAACUUCGUGCCAGUCGGACAAGGAUCAUUUCUUUUAAAAUCAAUUGAGUAUUUCCUGUCGCUAUUCCCAGUGUUCACAUUGUCCGCCAGUUUUCCUAUAAUCGCUAUAACGCUACGCAACAAUCUGCAGACUCUAUUCCUGGAUACAACGCGCAUUGAGUCGUACAAUUUCUUUUUAAGGCGAGUAAUGUUCCCUUUAUUGGCCAUUGUACCGCCCGUUUUGGUCACAUACUAUACGGACAGUCUAACCAGUUUAGUUGGAUUUACUGGAUCAUAUGCCGGUUCUGGAAUUCAAUAUUUCAUUCCGAUUGCAUUAGUGUAUUCGGCACGAAAAACCUGUAGUGACUUGCUGGGUCAAGGUAUUCAAAAUGAAUUCCGAAGCCCAUUCGUGAGUAAUGCUUGGUUGGUUGGCGUGGGUGUGUGGGCCAUUACGUGCGUCAUAUUGGUGACAGUGAAUUUUUUCAUUCGAGUUUAAAUCGGGAGAAGCGUAUGUACACCAAAGUGAUUUUGAAUGUUUUAUCUGGAAGAAAAUUGUUGUGUAAAGAAGAGAGUUUCAAGUUAUCAUAGAGACUGAGAAGAUACAAAAUAAGUAACUUUUAACAAUAAUAAUUUUUAAGCGAUGAAUUGAGAAGCAACAGUUUAGUGUGAAAAGCGAUCUCAGAUCAAUUUCCUUUAGUCAGAGUUUUUGUUUUGUUCUUCAUUAACCGAACUUACAAUACUGAAUGACGACAAUAAUUUUUUUUCAACACUUUUCUUAAACAAAUAUACCAGUUGGCCAAUAGUUUGCAUAGAAAAAUUAGUCUCGCAAGAAAUACUGUCUUCCUCUCUCAAAAUCAAAUGAUGUCUUUCAUCGCGACAUUUUAAUUUCUUUUUCGAAUUUGAAUUGUAAAUUGAUCGAUUGAUUAGUAUCAUUUUUUGCAUUUAUUUUACUGAGAACGUAUAAGCGUAAAGCUUCUAAAAUUAACAACAAAAAUAUUUUACUUAAGGAAAACAACUGUUGAAUUAUCAUAUUUUAAGUGAAUUGUACAUUACAUGUGACUACUUCCAUCUAUAUUUGUUAAAAUAUGAAUUUAUUUAUGAGACAAUAAAAUCAUUGUGAAACAA